AUGGAGCCUGCCCGCCUGGAGGCCGCUCUCAUGGCCUCUGAGUCUGCCGAUGCUUACUGGUACAAUGAUGCACGAUUCCAAGGUAUUCGUCAUACAGUUGAGUCUAUGGGUCAGGAUUCCCCAUCAGGCGAUUCUGGUGACGGGGAUAUUAUGAAGAUUCUCAAGGAAGAGGGACCCGAGGCCAUGCUACAAGCAGUCGGACAACAUGUGAUGAAGAAGUUCGCUGGAAUGCUGCUCAUUUCAUUGGAAAGUUUUGAGUAUGAUGGCAGCUCGAUUGCAAGCUACGACAUUGAUAGCAUGAUCAGAGCAGAGCUGCGCAAUUGA